CAUACACACAUACACACAUCACACACACACAGGGAUCUGAGUCUGAGAGAUUCAAGCCGCGGAACCGAACCCGUUUCCAGGACCAGGACCAUGGAUAAAGGUGGAUCCAGACCGAACUGGGACAGCCCCAUGCAGUUUGUGCUGGCAUGUGUAUCAUAUGCAGUCGGACUGGGAAACGUGUGGCGCUUUCCAUACCUCUGUCAAAUGCACGGAGGAGGGGGGUUUAUGAUUCCAUACCUCUUCAUGCUGCUAGUGGAGGGCGUGCCUUUAUUCUGCCUGGAGCUUGCCAUUGGUCAGAAGAUGCGUUUAGGUAGUAUCGGAGCAUGGACCGCCAUCAGCCCUUAUCUGGGAGGAGUUGGUCUUGCUAGUGUUAUGGCGUCCCUCUAUUUGUGUCUCUAUUACAAUAUCAUCAAUGGGUGGAGUUUCUGGUACCUGUUUCAUUCAUUUCAAUCCGAGUUGCCGUGGGCGGAGUGUCCCCUCAAUGCCAACCUAACAGGACCUUUAGAGGAGUGUGAAAAGGCGACAGCUACUCAGUACUUCUUCUACAGGGAGACACUGAACAUCUCUUCGUCCAUUGAGGAGAAUGGAGGUGUCCAUACGGGGCAGGCGCUGUGCCUCCUGCUAGCCUGGAUCGUGACGUAUCUGUUUAUUGUUCGAGGGGUUAAGUCAACUGGAAAGGUGGUGUAUUUCACAGCCACGUUCCCAUAUGUGGUUCUUAUUAUCUACUUGAUCCGGGGAGUCACUCUUCAUGGUGCUAUCAAUGGUGUCAAAUACAUGUUCACACCCAAGAUGGAACAGCUUGCCAACCCUACUACAUGGAUCAAUGCGGCCACUCAGAUCUUUUUCUCUCUGGGUUUGGGUUUUGGGUCACUCAUAGCUUUCGCCAGCUACAACGAGUACAACAACAACUUUGAGCGUCAGGCCGUCAUUGUUUCCUUCAUCAACAGUGGAACAUCCAUCUUUGCCAGCAUCGUUACCUUUGCCAUCUAUGGGUUCAAGGCCACGGUCAACUAUGAGAACUGCCUGGAAAGGGUGCGCUUACUGCUGCUAAAUGCAUUUAAUUUAGCAGAAGAUACUAUCAACAUGGAUAAUAUCUUUGAAUGGAUGGAGAGGCUGAAUCAAACACAUCCACAACAGUUUGCUGAACUGGACCUGGGCAAUUGUGACCUGACACAAGAACUAGACAAGGCAGUAGAAGGGCCCGGUCUGGCCUUCAUCGUUUACAGCGAGGCCAUAAAGAACAUGCCGCUGUCUCAGCUGUGGUCAGUGUUGUACUUUUUCAUGCUGCUGCUUCUGGGAAUGGGCAGCAUGUUGGGAAACAUCACAGCCAUCACCACUCCACUCCGAGACUUCAAGAUCUUCUCCUCCGUAAGCGUUGAGGUAUUGAAUGGUUUGGUGUGUUUGUUCUGUAUGCUGCUCGGCCUGGGCUUCACUACCACAUCAGGGAAUUACUGGUUCACCAUGUUCAACGACUAUGGAGCAACUUUCUCCCUUCUCUUCGUCGUCCUCAUUGAAGUCAUAACCGUCAGUUACAUCUAUGGAAUCAAAAGGUUUGAGAAAGACAUAGAAGACAUGAUUGGUCAUCGUCCCAACUGGUACUGGAAGAUCAUGUGGGCAGGAAUCAGUCCCAUUCUCCUAAUAGCCCUCUUCAUCUUCUACAUCGCCAACUACAUUAUGGGAGGGACCCCCACCUACAUGGCCUGGAACAAGGACUUGGGCACGUCAGAGGUGACUCCGUAUCCUGUCUUCGGUCAGGUGUUCAUCGUGCUGCUGCUGGCGUCGUCGGUCAGUUGCGUCCCCCUCACAGCUCUAUACGCCUACUGCAGAAAGAGGAAACGCAGCCACCACAAGAGGCAGCCUACUGUCAGCACAUUGUCCGCUUAGAGUCCAGAUCAUGACACCAUCCAGAUGUCUUCAGACUGUGUUCUCACCAUCCCAGGAGCUUUGGCCACCUUUUAUAUCCAAACCCAUAAACAGUGAUAUAACUUGACUCCCCAUCAGCAGUCAGUUGUGUUUUAUCAAUUUUUCUUCUGAAUUCUACUUUUUUUUUUUUUUAUCAUUGAAACUUUUUAUAUACUAAUCUGACUUCUUCUAUUUACAAAUACAUGUGUAAGUUAUCUAAAAAAUUGUCUUCAUGCUUUAAAUCCAGAAAGUCCUAAACAAUACUCUUUGGAGUUGUAUUGUUGAAUGACUUCUUUCAGUAUUAACGCCAGAACAAUAAGGCUAUGACAGAGGAAUGUUCUGACACUAUACUGGAAAAGAUUCAGGUUGCUCUGAUUCUACAGACUGUAAAAAAAAACUUUGAUCAGUGAGUGUAGAUAUAGUUUGAUUGAUUGCUGAUUGAGUGCAAUACAUUUGUAACAUUUAAUAUGUUGUGCAAGUUCAGCUUUCAGUAUUUUCUAUAACACUAGUUUACAAAAUAUGAAGAAUGUACUUGGAAAAUGUAGUUUCAGUCAUGUCUCCUUAGAUGUAAUGAAUCUGCCAUUUAUUUUUCAUAUCAUGCCCAGUGUUAUAAUGUUUUUAAAUUUGUUGUGUCAUAUUCUACAUUUCUUUUUAUUCAUUGUUAAUGUGGUGAGUUGAUUCAGAGUCAAGUUGUAUCAAGUUUGUUUAUAGAAAUACCAAAUCUGGAAAAACAGUCAAGCAACAGGAUUACAGAAGGUUUAGCACUUCUAGCUAGCACUUGUUCUGACAGGUUUUAAAUCACUGUAUGUAAUAUCAGACAAACUUUAUCCUUUAAGAAAAUGAAAUGAUAGGAUGCAGCGUAGAUGACUUUGGAAUUUCUUUUCUUAACAUUAAGUGACUUAAUCAUUUUUGUACUGAGCUGUCUGGUAAGAGGAUUUCUAUUUGUGCUUUGUAUAAGAGGGUUGUACAAAUGAUCUUUUUCCUACAUAUAUAAAGUAUUUUUGGUAAGUUUUUUUAUUUUUAUCUGUUUUAAAGGGCUUGAAUCAGCUAACAUGCCUUGUAUCUUACAGUGGCUGAUCUAAUGUUCAGUGUCAUGUUGUGUAAAUUGUGUACAUAUGGUAGAUGUAGGCUAUGUAGGCUUCUUUCAAUUAUAAUCAUUAGAAUAUCCAAAAUAUGUGAUUUUUUUAUGUCGUGACAAUGAGAUGUUGGUUACCUCGUAAAUACUGCAAAAAAAUAAACUGCCAU